UGGGACUUUUACAUCUUUAUCUGCAAGUAUAAAUUGCGGCGGAUUAUGUUGGACAGGUAGCUGCUUCGUUACACAAGUCAAAACCCUCGUUCGCCUUUCAUAUCUCGGACCUCAUAAUGCAUCUCUCCCUUACCCUGACGACUGCGAUGGCAGCAUUCGCAUGCAUCGGACAGGUCGCCUCCGUGCCCCUCGAGGAGACCCUGAGAAGCCUGACUCCGAAAGCAAGGAAUGUUUUGAAGCGUGCCACCCCAGUGGCCCCCUAUUUCGUUUUAUACAGCGACGCGUACGUUUCCACUGAACCAACGGUGUCAGAAAUUUCGGGCUUCAAUGUGUUUGCAUUGUCUUUCCUGUUGGAAUACGGUGCAGCGGAUCAAGCUCAGGAAUGGGAAGAGCUCACAGCAGCUCAACGUUCUUCGAUUCUCUCUGAGUACGAUGCCGCAGGUAUCUCACUCAUCGUGUCCCUUUUUGGGUCCACUGAGACCCCCACUUCAUCGGGAUACAACCCCAUCGAUACUGCAAAUACCAUGGCAGCUUGGGUCAUCGAAUACGGCCUGCAGGGUGUAGACAUCGACUAUGAAGAUUUCGCUGCAUUCGACGCUGGCACUGGCGCUGCUGAGCAGUGGCUCGGCAACUUCACCACCCAGCUCCGCACCCAGCUUCCGCAGGGCCAAUAUAUAUUGACUCAUGCUCCCGUUGCACCUUGGUUUUCUCCUGAUAUCUGGGGUGGAGGAGGAUACCUUUGGGUAAACUCUGUGGUCGGGGAUAUGAUUGAUUGGUACAAUGUGCAGUUUUACAACCAGGGCACGACGGAGUACACGACUUGCGAUGGCCUCUUGUACAGCUCCUCGACUCUUUGGCCAGAAUCUGCACUCUUCCAAAUCGCCGAUAGCGGUGUUCCUCUGGACAAGCUUGUGAUCGGCAAGCCUGCUACUGCAGCACAAGCCAGCAACGGGUACGUGGACCCGACUCUCUUGGCAUCAUGUGUUUCAUCGGCCUAUGUUUCUGGAUGGAAUGGCGGUGUCAUGGUUUGGGAGUAUCCUUACGCUGAAUCUUCAUGGAUCGCGACUGUGCGCGGGGACACCUGGCCAAUGCCAUCCACCACUGCGACACCGACAAGUACUGGUACCACAACGGCGACACCGACACCGACAGGCACCGGUAAUUGUGCAGGUGUUGCUGCAUGGGCUGCUGAUGUGGUCUAUACCGGAGGUUCUGAAGCAACCUACGGGUGCGUAUAUUCUUGUGUAUUCUGAAUUGCUCUCCUCCAUCCACUAACCCAAAAUCUAGUGGGUACCUGUGGACUGCAAGCUGGUGGACGGAGGGUGACACCCCUGGAGGUACCGCGGAUGUCUGGGUCAACGACGGAGCUUGCACCUCUACAAGCAGUAGUACACUGACGAGCACCAGUACUACACUGACGAGUACUA